CACAACUGAACAGUGUUGCAUCAUUCUUCUAAACAACUGAAGUAGAUGGGGACUUGUUUUUUUAAUGUAAAAAAACAAACAAAACAACAACCUUAUUAAACACAUAAAAUGGCUCAAUACAGCUCAGUCGACAUAGUGGAAGCCUCUAGAAGACCUAAGAUCUCAAAUUGACUUUAAAAGAUGUUAAUUCCCCCAGACCUGCAUUCGAGCUGUUUGGCUGGACUGGUCCUCCCCCCAUUGUAAAUCAAGUCUCCAGCUACUUCUGUUGUUUAGCAGAAUGCAGCAACACUGUUUAGCUAUGAAGCUCCAGAAAUGUUCUGUGGACUAUGAAACCUCUGACUUUAUAUCAUCAUGGGCGGAGGAGAUGAUGACUGGAUUUUUAGUUUUGGGUGAACUUAUCCUUUAAAUAUUCUGCUCACUGCACAUAUCCGUCUGCACGGCUGUCUCUCUGCUUGCCUUGCAGUUUAUCUAUUUUUAGCAGGUCGGAAGUGAAGUGAAACCUUCACAAGCACACUGGGGGAGCUGCUGGAGCGAUGGACAAUGGGAAGGCUGCAUAAUAUGAGUUAGCUUUUUCUUAGUAGUUGCGCAAACCUACAUGUUAAAGCGACAUUAGUCUGUCUUUUAAUACGUGGUCGUCACGGGUAAAUGACAGCGACCAAUCAUCUGCAGGAUUCCCCGGAGUCCCGCCCCUCCGCUCUCUAUUUAUAAUAUUGCAACAGAGGCGUUCUGACAGUUACUGUAGGAACAGAUGUCGAUUGAUCCAUACAGCUCUUAACUUCAGCUUCACCUCAUGGAUCCAACCUUACUCUAACCAGAGAGCUGUCAAUAACUUCUAUUUGAAUUGUCAUCUGUCUUAAGCUGUCAUCGCAGGCUACAUACCACCAGACGACACCACGGCACAGAACAGCUGUGGCAGUUUGAAUAUAAACCUAACAGAGACUUAGUGACAGACAGCAACAAGAUGCCAGAGGGUAAUACUGCAGGGAAGGAUGAGGCACCCGCCGGUGAGCCCGCUGAGGAGCGGCGGCCGCAGGAGGAGAAGGAGGAGAACGGGGACAGCAAAGUGGUCGUCCAGACGCCCGGACCGGAGGAGGUCGAGUUUGUGCACCCCGAGGGCGGCUGGGGAUGGAUAGUUAUGCUGGCUGCCAUGUGGUGUAACGGCUCGGUGUUCGGGAUCCAGAACGCCUUCGGUAUACUCUUCCUCUCCCUCCUGCGAGAGUUCGGCUCCGAGAACGAUGAAGACCUCCGCUUCAGGACAGCGUGGGUGGGCUCCCUCUCCAUGGGGAUGAUCUUCUUCUGCUCUCCCAUCGUUAGCGUCUUCACCGAUGUCCUUGGCUGCAGAAUUACAGCUGUGGGUGGCGCUGCUGUUGGCCUUGUUGGCCUACUGGCCAGCUCCUUUGUCACGUCCCUUGGUCCCAUGUACUUCACCUAUGGCAUAGUGUUUGCCUGCGGCUGCUCUUUUGCCUACCAGCCCAGCCUGGUCAUCCUGGGCCACUACUUCAAGAAACGCCUCGGCCUGGUGAAUGGCAUCGUGACUGCAGGCAGCAGCAUCUUCACCAUCACCCUGCCCUUUUUGCUGUCAGGCCUUCUGGAAAAAGUGGGCCUCCAGAACACCAUGCGUGUCCUCUGCAUCCUUAUGUUCGUGCUGAUGCUGGCUGGCUUCACCUACAAGCCCCUGCUGCCAGUCAAAUCCUCAAACACCAGCACAGGCAGCCAUUGCCCGCCCAUGAAUCGGAUCUUCAACAUCAAUAUCUGGAGGUCUUUGGGAUAUCGCAUUUGGGCCUUUGGUAUCCCUGCAGCCCUCUAUGGCUACUUUGUGCCUUAUGUUCACCUGAUGAAGCACGUGGAGGAGCGUUUUGGACCAGAUGCCAGUAAGGAAGUUCUGCUCAUGUGUAUUGGCAUCACAUCUGGUGUGGGCCGUCUCAUUUUCGGCAGGGUGGCAGACUAUGUGAAUGGAGUCAACAAGGUCUACCUGCAGGUCACUUCCUUCUUUGUCAUCGGCCUGAUGUCCAUGAUGAUCCCGCUGUGCCACAUCUUCGGUGGGCUGAUCGCUGUUUGCCUGCUCAUGGGGCUGUUUGAUGGCUGCUUUAUCUGCAUCAUGGCCCCUAUUGCAUUUGAGCUGGUUGGGGCUGAAGACGUGUCCCAGGCUAUCGGCUUCUUGCUGGGUCUGAUGUCCGUGCCCAUGACUGUGGGACCCCCCAUCGCAGGUUUCCUGAGGGACAGGCUGGGCAACUACAACGUUGCCUUCUACUUAGCAGGCAUCCCCCCGAUCAUAGGAGGAGCCGUGCUUUGCCUGAUACCCUGGGUGGAGGGCAGGCGCAAGAAGAGGGAGAAGGAAGAGGCUCAGAGCAGGGAUCAGGACGUGAGUCAGAAAAUGAUAGAGCAUGAGAAGGCUCAGGGAGACGCACAAUGCAAAACUGGAGAGUCUGUCCUCUAAGAGCCCCGCUGAACAGACUGAACGAGAGACACAUGGGGGUCAGACUGAGACUGCUGAGUACUGAGAUACAGUAUUUGUGUUUUUAGCCAAGAUUGUAUUGACUGCCUUCUGGGUGAGAAUGUCUGAAAAUGCCAAAGUGAUGAAACAUAUCAGAUAGAGUCAUAGAUGAAUGUGAUCCUGAAGAACUAUGCAUUAGAUUGUUUCAGUUAGACUGAACUGAUCUUGCAGCAGGCAAAACUUGAAGUUUUAAUUGAAAAUGGAGAAAACUGCACAUUUCAUAUUAGCCACAAGGGAAAGAAGCUGUAUUUACUAUAACUGCAGCACAAUAGCUGUUGAUUCAGUGUUACCCAGUGACUUUCCAGAAACCAAACACUUUCAGGUGGCAUUCUUAAGGAAAAGGUGAACUUACAUCAUUCUUUACAAUCAGUUUUUAACACCAUCAUAUGUAUAAGGAAACAAUCUUGAUUUAGCCUCAAUCAGUAUCCUUGUUUUGCCUCAGUGCAAAGCAAAGUGGUCUUUCUUCUUGAACCCCGCCAUCUCUACUGUCCCCAGUGUCAGCUUGGACAGAAUUCUCCCUGUAACACCAUCUUUAAACAUGCCAAACUUGUAAAUAUUGGGGGGAAUCUGUUUAUAGUAUUUUAAAGGGAGUAUUUCCUCAGAGAGGUGCUCUGAGGUCAUGAUUAGUGUUAAUUAAUGACAAGCCACUGUGUCUGCCAGGCUACAUGUAGAGUAUACACUGAUAUAAUUGGGACUUUUAGGAGACAUCUUCAUUGUUAUAUCAUUUUGACCUCCCAUUGUGUGUAGAGGGCCUGAGUUGAAAUCCACAUUUAAGGCCACUAUUAUAUAAGUUCACAACGUGCUGCUUUUAGAGGCUGCUUCUAACUGAACCACACACGUGCCUGAGAAACUUUGACAGUGUUUCCGUGGCAAGUUUUAAAGACAUAUCUAUAAAGGAACAGUAAGACAUUUUGGGAAAUGUGCUUAUUCACUUCCUUGCCAACAGUUAGUUGAGAAAUCAGAUCCCACUCUCAUAUCUGUCCAUUACGUUUUAAGCUUUAGCUUAGCAACAAGAGUGGAAAUGGGGAAACUACUAGGCCUGAUCUGUACUGGAUUUUCAGCUUCUCUAAAGCUAACAAGCUAACAUUAGUGUGACGAUAAUGAAUUUUUAUCUAAUUUGUGUAAUACAAAAAAAUCAUUAAUGUAAAAACACAAAUUGUGGUCUUACAUGGGUACAAUAAGCAUAUUUCCCAAAAUGUCAAAUUGUUCCUCAUACAAUAAAAACUCUUAGCCAGCACAAGUACACUUGGUUUCAGUUAUGAACUUAACAUUGAGUCAUAAGAAAACAUUAACAUGUGUUUGUGUACAUGUCCAGUUAAUUAAUUGACAGUAGUAGUGACAUUAAGCAGUAUUUUCUUUUUAAACAACCAGUGGUGAGACUUAUUUUUAAAGUUGCUCUUUUUUCUAUACAAUUUGGUCCACCAUUUUCUGCAUAUACUUUCAUUUUGCUACAUGAAUUUAUAAUGUAAUGCUUUUGGCUGAAGUAGAAAGUAGACAAAGCUCAUAUGCUUCCUUACAUGAGGUUUGCCCAGUCGUUGACGCAGCCCAGGUCAUAAAACAGCCGUCACGUGUCAGCAACAGAUCAGCUGUGUGAACAGAUGACCUCUUAAAGGGACUAAAAAAUACACAAAACACUGGUGCUUAUGUAUUUCCUCACCACUUUAUUAAAAAGCUAAUACACAUUUACCUAUAGUUUCACUAUUUGAAAUGUAAUUGAGGACUGGAGUUUGACUAAUCAUUGACUAUGCCACAAGUAGUCAUGUUAAGUCAACUUAAUCACUAUCUCUAUGCCCAGUUCAUCAACCUUUAGUAGAAAGGUUUGUUUUAUGCAUUAAUAUUGUAUUUAUUUUUUAGCCAGGUACCACUUCAUAAUAACCAUCAUCAAUAAACAUUAAUGACUCAUUAAACUUUAGUUGAUAGUUAUUUAAAUAACUUUGGCUUUAUUAAAUAAUUGUGACGGUUUAAGGUUGCAAAGGUUGCAACUAAAUAAGUGUUCGUUGAUGAUGGUUAUUGUAACAUGUUACCUUUAGUCUUUGUGGAGAAAGUCAUGCUGUAAUUGACGGGCAUUAGCCUAAAUCCUUGAUUUCAUUUGCUGAAGACCAAAAUGUAUUGAAUUUAAAAUGGCAGAAAGUGAAUUAAACCUGUUGUGUUGCCGUGACACUUCUCCUUAAAGCCUGUAGUAGUGUCAUCAAACCAUCUGAACAUGUUAGGAAGUGACUCAUCAGUCCGUCACUGUUGACAGUGAUAGAUUGCUUUUGGAAAACUCUGAGACCUUUUGGAAAGCAGUGCACCAGCACUGAAUUUCUCUGGGUCAGUGAUGCUUCCUCUGCAGACCUGUGACACUGUCUACCUCAGAGCUCUGCCCCAGCCUGGACUAUUCCACCACCCCUGUUCCUCCACCAGAGGCAGCAGAGCAGUGUUCAUGUUUGAGCAGUGUGACUGGAGAAAUAAAAAUGAUUUAGCUGUUCGAACUUUGCUCUUUAAUGAAAAGCAUUUUUUGUUUAUGAAACAACAGCGUUUACAUCUUUUUUCCUCUCUAAAUAUAUAUAUUUUUGUUAUGAUUAAAUCAGAUCUGUUGCCUUUCACUUCAGUCCUAUCUUAUAAAUAUGGGACUAGACUAGACUUUAUUUUUACACUUUUUUUCUUGCUAGUUACCAAUGAGAGCCACAGGAAUUUCUUGUCUGAGAAAUUUGUACCUCUGGAUUUUGAUUGUAAAUCUCUUUGCCAUACACACAUCUAAAUGUUAUAUUAUGCUUAAUCGUUGUUUUACUCACUAAUUUAAUUUAGUUAUUGCCUCAAACCUGCUUUUAUCCAAAAAGACACUUUGAAAAAAACUUCUAAAAAUUGUAUGAUUUAUUUUAUUGAGUCAUGGCUUUAGACCACAUUUUUAGACAUGCGGCCUUAUAAAAUUGUCUGUCAUUGUAUCUACAGAGACUUCAUGUGGCAAAUAGGACUUUUUGAUAAGAAUAUAUGUUGUAUUGAAUGUUAUUGUUAAUCUGUAAUUUUUUCCGCUAUCUUCCAUCUAAUCCAACUCCUGGCUUUCUUCAGAAUAUCUGUAUGUAUUUUGUUGUUCCUGCAAAUACAGAUGAAUAUUACUGAAACUUUGCUGUAAGAAAGGCAUCUUUGCUACAUUCAUCCUAUUGUUAUAUAAUUUUUGUCUUAAUUUUUGUCCACUUAUUGCUUAGUUUAGUUUUAUUCAUACUUUUCUUUAGUACCUGAACUGAUUUCUGCUAAAAUAUGACUUUUCCAGUCUUUCUUAUCUGCUGCAGGUCUUGUGCUGAACUUCAGUAUAUGCAAUGUAUUACUAUGUAAACACAAUCAGAUUUCAACAUUUUCAAGACAGUAAAAAAAGAUGUUUGAAUUUUC